AUGGACUCUACGGAGAAUAUCUCUUCGGAAGCAACAUGGGUGGUCUCUAGUGCAGAGUUGGAUCAUGGAGUUGGGAACAUGAUCGAUGGAAAUAUCGCAACAUACUGGCAAUCCAAUGGAGAAGGUCCUCAUGUGAUCGAAAUUCAUUUUGCUUCAAGGAAAAUAAUUACUUGCAUUCGCUUUUACAUAAGUUAUGCCACAGAUACAACCUAUUCGCCUUUGCUCAUAUCGGUCCUGUAUGGAGAUGAUGGUUCUACAUUCCAAGAGUACGAAACGUUUCAAGUGGGCGAAAUCAACGACUGGUACACGUUGCAAACCACGGUGGAUGGCGAGCCGCUCAAGGCCUUUUCGCUCCAAGUGGUGAUUAGUGAGAUGCAUCACAGUGGAAAGAACACCCGACUUCGCCAGGUGGAGAUCAUUUCCCCAAAGGAAUCAUCCUCAACGUCUCUGGAUCUCUUUACCUACUCUGAUCCCUAUCUAAACACCUUUCUAUCAAUUCGUUAG